CUUUCUGGGCAGGACAGAGCCAUCCGCUCAGUUUCUUCACGUUGGACCUUGAUCUCACUCCCUCCUGGCCAUUAUGGCCGAAUCACCCACCGAUGUUCUUCUAAAGGGUGACUCCGGCAGAAACACACGCGGCCUGCUGCGAUUUAUCAUUCUAGCUACCAUUGCCGCCGCCGCCGUGUCCAGUCGUCUGUUCAGUGUCAUCCGUUUCGAGAGUAUUAUCCACGAAUUCGAUCCUUGGUUCAAUUUCCGCGCUACGAAAUAUCUCGUCCAGAAUGGCUUCUACAGCUUCUGGGAUUGGUUUGACGACCGAACAUGGCAUCCCCUGGGACGUGUCACUGGUGGCACGCUAUACCCCGGUCUCAUGGUGACCAGCGGCGUGAUCUACCACGUUUUGCGCUUCCUCACCUUCCCCGUCGACAUCCGUAACAUCUGUGUCCUACUCGCGCCCGGUUUCUCCGGCUUGACCGCGCUGGCCAUGUACUUCCUGACUUGCGAGGUGUCCCCCUCCCCCUCCGCGGGUCUGCUCGCGGCUGCCUUCAUGGGAAUCGUUCCCGGUUACAUCUCCCGUUCCGUCGCGGGUAGUUAUGAUAACGAGGCCAUUGCCAUCUUCCUGCUGGUGUUCACCUUCUUCCUGUGGAUCAAGGCCAUCAAGAACGGCUCCAUCAUGUGGGGCGCAUUGGCUGCCUUGUUCUACGGCUACAUGGUGUCCGCCUGGGGUGGUUAUGUCUUCAUCACCAACCUGAUCCCUCUGCACGUCUUCGUUCUGCUGUGCAUGGGCCGGUACAGCUCCCGGGUUUACAUCAGCUACACCACCUGGUAUGCGCUGGGAACUUUGGCGAGCAUGCAGAUCCCCUUCGUCGGGUUCCUGCCGAUCCGGAACAGUGACCACAUGUCUGCCCUGGGUGUCUUCGGCUUGCUGCAACUCGUGGCCUUUGCUGAUUUCGUCCGUGGCUUUGUCCCCGGCAAGCACUUCCAGAGACUUCUGACCACCAUGGUCAUCCUCGUCUUUGGCAUUGCCUUCCUCGGACUGGUCUUGCUGAGCGUUUCCGGAGUGAUCGCCCCCUGGAGCGGUCGCUUCUACUCUCUGUGGGACACGGGCUAUGCCAAGAUCCACAUCCCCAUCAUUGCGUCCGUUUCCGAGCACCAGCCGACCGCUUGGCCCGCCUUCUUCUUUGACCUGAACUUCCUGAUCUGGCUUUUCCCCGCCGGUGUUUACAUGUGCUUCCGGGAUCUCAAGGACGAGCACGUUUUUGUCAUCAUCUACUCGGUGCUUGCCAGCUACUUUGCCGGUGUCAUGGUCCGUCUGAUGCUCACAUUGACCCCGAUUGUCUGUGUGGCCUCCGCUUUGGCGCUCUCCAGCAUCCUGGACACCUACGUGUUUGCCAGCAACGGCCCCAAUCCUCGCUCCAAGGCGAACGACGACACACCCUCCGAGGGUCUUCGUUCGGCCCGGAAGCCCGAGGUUGGCAUCACCUCGUAUCUGUCUAAGGCCUUCAUGCUCACUUCCGUGGUCAUCUACCUGAUUCUGUUCGUUGCGCACUGCACCUGGGUCACUUCCAACGCGUACUCCUCGCCGUCGGUUGUUCUGGCCAGCCGGAUGCCCGAUGGGAGCCAGCACAUCAUUGACGACUACCGUGAGGCGUACUACUGGCUCCGCCAGAACACCGAGCACAACGCCAAGAUCAUGUCCUGGUGGGACUACGGCUACCAGAUCGGUGGCAUGGCGGACCGCCCCACCCUGGUCGACAACAACACGUGGAACAACACCCACAUCGCCACCGUUGGAAAGGCGAUGAGCUCGCGCGAGGAGGUCAGUUACCCCAUUCUCCGCCAGCACGAUGUCGACUACGUGCUGGUUGUGUUCGGCGGUCUCCUGGGCUACUCCGGUGACGACAUCAACAAGUUCCUGUGGAUGGUCCGUAUCGCCGAGGGUAUCUGGCCCGACGAGGUGAGCGAGCGCGACUACUUCACGGCCCGGGGAGAGUACCGGGUGGACGACGGCGCCACCCCGACGAUGCGCAACAGCUUGAUGUACAAAAUGUCCUACUACAACUACAACUCCCUGUUCCAGCCUGGCCAGGCUGUUGACCGCGUCCGUGGCACGAAGCUCCCCAUGGAGGGCCCCCAGCUUUCCACCCUGGAGGAGGCGUUCACCAGUGAGAACUGGAUCAUCCGCAUCUACAAGGUCAAGGAUCUCGACAACCUUGGCCGUGACCACGGCAAUGCGAUGGCCUUUGACAAGGGCCACAAGCGCAAGCGGGCCACCAAGCGCAAGGGACCCCGUGUUCUGCGAACCGAGUAAAAGGGUCGUCGAUUCCCGUCCCCGGUGCGGCACCGGGCGUGAAAUCGAUCGAGCCUUUUUGUCCUUUAGCCUGUCUCCUUCCCUUCCCUUCCACGUUUCUUGUAUUUGUCAUCACCAAUAUAGGCGGCAGUAUAGAGAG